GGGGGGUGGGGUGGGACGAGAUGGUGGCGGGAGCGUUCCCGCUGGCCAAGCUGCUAACGCUGGGCGCCCGGCAGCUCAGCCGCCCCCUGGCCGCUCGUAUCAAGGCCGGGGCCCGCGCCAGCCCCUUCUUCCGCACCUACAUCUGCCUCCCGCCCGCCCAGCUGUACCACUGGGUGGAGAUGCGCACCAAGAUGCGGCUGAUGGGCUUCCGUGGCGCUGCCGUGAAGCCGCUGAACGAGGAGGCGGCGGCGGAGUUGGGAGCUGAGCUGCUGGGUGAAGCCAUCGUCUUCGGCGUGGGAGGUCUCUGCGUUUACCUGGAGUACGCGCGGCAGGCGGGGCAGGCGCGAAGGCGUGAGGACGAGCAGGUGGCCACGCUGCGGGACUUGCAGGAGCGGCUGCAACGCCUCGAGGAGCAGCUCGAUGCUGUGGUGGGACGCGACGGCUCAAACCGGGCACCCGACUCAAACCGGGCCCGUGACGGCUCGAACCGGGCCCCUGGUGGUGGUGCUGGCCACGCCCCCACCGCCUCAAGCCACGCCCACAAUAGCUCCAGCAGUGGAGGCUCUGGCUGUGCCCCUGGUGGUGGUGCUGGCCACGCCCCCACCGCCUCAAGCCACGCCCACAAUAGCUCCAGCAGUGGCGGCUCUGGCUGUGCCCCUGGUGGUGGUGCUGGCCACGCCCCCACCGCCUCAAGCCACGCCCACAGUAGCUCCAGCAGUGGUGGCUCUGGCUGUGCCCCUGGUGGUUCAAGCCCCGCCCCUUCCAUCUCCAACAACGGGUAUUCAGGCCACGCCCCCUCUCACUCAGGACACGCCCCUGUUGGCUCGAGCCAUUAAAGGCACCUGCUGCGCUUCCUGCCUU